AUGGAAGCAAUAAAGAAACCGUGUUAUGAUACCAAGGAUGAAGACCACAUCAGCAGGUUACCGGAUUUCUUAAUUCAUCACAUCCUUUCUUUCGUUAACAUAACAUAUGCUGUCCAAACCUGUAUGUUGUCAAAGAGAUGGAGAAAUAUUUGGACUUCUCUUCCCUUUUUGACUUUCGAUCGUUCAGUUCUAGGUGAAGGUCGUUAUCAAAGUUUCCUUGAUUUUGUCGAAUACGUAUUAAGUUUCCGUGACAACAGAUGUUUUGACAUUCGACGGUUUCAUCUUCUUGGUAGACGUGGAAAAUAUGAUUGUAAUUUUAUCAAAUGUCUGCAUAGAUGGAUAAUUGUUGUUGCUAGAUCUAAUGUUGAAGAUAUAUACGUCCAGUUUAACGGUGACAAGCAUAAUGACGAAUUUCGAGUUCCAGAUUCUGUCUUUACUUGUAAGUCACUGACAAACUUGGAACUAGAUUUGUCGACGUCCUGUAAGAUUAUUCCGCCGAAUUCAAUAUCAUUACCUCGUCUCAAAUAUCUCAAGCUCAAAAGCACUGCGUUUAACCAUGAUGAGUUAACCAAGUUAUGUUCAAGUUGUCCUGUUCUGGAACACUUGGAUUUAAUUAGCGUUCGUAGUACUACACCUUUAAACAUCACUAUAUCUUCUCCUGCCCUAAAACACUUUGAUAUAAGUGGCAUUAGUACUACUGCACCGUUAAACAUCAGUAUAUCUUCUCUUACACUUGAACACUUGGUUAUAAGUGGCAUUAUUACUGCUGCACCUGUAAACAUCACUAUAUCUUCUGUUACACUUGAGCACUUUAAAUUACAUAUUGAAAAAUCAAUUCGUAAUACAUUGAGGUUAUAUGCACCAAAUCUCGUGGAUUUGGUUUUAUCAAAUUUAGACUCCAUGUUGCUCGAAGAUGUCUCUUCUCUGGUCACAGCUGAUGUUGGUGUACAAGUAAAACCGCGAAAGCUCCUAAAUGACGAGUUUCCUACAGUGCAUGCUGCGGCGGAUACCUUAGAAUCUCUAAAAUCACUUCAUAAUGUGAGAAAACUAACAAUAUCAUUUCAACCACUCAAGGCUUCCUAG